AUGUCUCUCCCUAAAGAUGUGAAUUAUAACAAUCCAUACAUCCUGCAAAUGCCAGAGCUGGUUAUGAAACAAAUUCUGGAACAUGUCGAUUUUGUAUCCAUAUUAAAACUCCGCAAAGUGUGUCAUGCAUUUCGAAAUUUCAUCGAUGACAACAAAUCUGGAGGUGUUAUUAAGAAAAUAUUGAUCAGAGUCAUGCCAGACGCUCUACGGGUAAAAUUAACAACAAAAGAUGAUUUCUACCCAAAAUGUGAAAUUGUAUACAUGGAAAAAAGCGAUGGAUGUUUUAUCGCAAUGUACAAAGGUGUGAAUACAACAGGCAAGUACUUCAAGAAUGGAAAAUUUUUUGGUUUUUUCACUGAAGAUUUUGGAUUCCUUCUGAGAAACCAGAACAUGGAAAUGGAGGAGAUCGAAGUCAUGAUUUGCACAAAAGCUUAG